UGUCUCAGCAACGAGAGAAGCGACCAGCACACCCCAGGAAGCGGCGAGCUGCAGCCCCAGCGGGCCAGCCUGAGCCCCUCUCCACAGAAAGCGGCGAGAAGAAAAAGAGGCGUCACCCCGGCAACCAUAAGGAAUUCCGGGAGGGAGCGGAGGUCGGACCCUGGCGCUGGGCCGAGUCCGCCAAGCCUCGGAGACCCAGGGCGCAUGCGCAGAACACGCCCGGGCGCCUCUGCGGCUGCUGAGAGCUGCGCUGGAAACCAAUCAGAACAGCGCUGUUUUCAGUUCUUCAUCCACAUCUGGCGAAACCAAGCGAGUCUUUGAUAGAGCUGGGGAUCAAACUCAGGACCUUGUGCUUGCCAGGCAGGCGCUGGCACCACUGAGCUAAACCUGCGGCCCUGUUGCUUCUUGAUAUUAUCUCCUGUGCUGCUGGGGUCCUAUUCAGAGACUGUCGAGGACCAGAGAAUUUCAUUGGCCUCCUCUGUGAACACAAAGGAGAAAGGCUGCACUCCAGGGUGACUGCAUGUUAGGGAAAAGACAAGACAGCUGAGGUCGGUUACCAGAGACUGUACUGAUGGACACUGGAACCCAGAGGACUCCUGUGUUACUCUGAUUGCUUGUGCCUGUGUUCAGGGACUUGGCACCAGGGAAAGCCUGGACUGGAAGAAGACUGAACAGCAAGCCCCACCAGGAGAGUCAGAAGGGAAAGUGCCUGACCAAGAAGGAGAACGAACCUUUCACCCAAAUGGAGAAACUUUGGGAACCCUGCCAGUGUGGGGCAGUUUUGUGUCCUUGGAGAAAAUGAACAGAAGUCGUGGCUGUGGGCCUAUGCAGACACCAGCAGCAGUGAGCAGCGACAGGGCGUCCCCACCAUGGCCUGCACUGAGCCCCUGGCUGGAGCCAGGGCCCACCUCCGGAUCCGCAGCCUCCUGGCCCGACAGUGCCUGGCAGAGUUUCUGGGUGUAUUUGUGCUCCUGCUCCUCACGCAGGGGGCAGUGGCCCAGGCUGUCACCAGUGGAGAAACCAAAGGCAACUUCUUCACCAUGUUUCUGGCUGGCUCUCUCUCCGUGACGAUAGCCAUCUAUGUGGCUGGCAAUGUCUCAGGAGCCCACCUGAAUCCAGCUUUCUCGCUGGCCAUGUGCCUCCUGGGACGCUUCCCCUGGGCCAAGCUCCCCAUUUACUGCCUGGUGCAGCUGCUGGCGGCCUUCUGUGCCUCCGGAGCCACCUACAUCCUCUACUACGACGCCUUGCAGAACUACACAGGUGGGAACCUGACGGUGACGGGCCCCAGGGAGACAGCCUCCAUCUUUGCCACCUAUCCUGCUCCCUACCUAUCCCUGAACAACGGCUUUCUGGACCAGGUCAUAGGCACUGCGAUGCUGAUUGUGGGGCUCCUGGCCAUCCUGGACAGACGGAACAAGGGCGUGCCUGCAGGACUGGAGCCUGUGGUGGUGGGGCUGCUGAUCCUGGUCCUUGGACUCUCCAUGGGUGUCAACUGUGGGCUUCCACUCAACCCUGCCCGGGACCUGGGACCACGGCUCUUCACCUACGUGGCUGGUUGGGGCCCUGAAGUCUUCAGUGCUGGCAACGGCUGGUGGUGGGUGCCCGUGGUGGCCCCUCUGGUGGGGGCCACUCUUGGCACAGGCACAUACCAGGUGCUUGUGGCUCUGCACCACCCCGAGGACCCCGAGCUGGCUCCGGAUCUGGACUCCUCCCAGCACAAAGCCUCAGGCUUGGCAAAACCUGCCUCACCUCAGACGCUGGAGUGUAAACUGUGACUCACGCGUGGACGCGAGAGCCACGACCCGCCUGCUCGCAAGUCCGACAUCGUUCAUGCGCAUGCAGACCCCGCUUACCCGCGGGCGGCCUUCCUCCUAACUGGGAAACGAGGCGGGAGGAGGUCGGGGGCUCUGGUCCCGUUCCCCUUUCUCAACCUCGGGGUCUCUGGGGAGGUAGCUGCUCACAGUAGCCGCCAAGGGGCGCAAGCCCCAGGUGCCGGCUCGGGAGGGCUUCGGGGUCGUGGAGAGCCGCGCGACCACCCUCGGGCGGGGCCGUGACCCUGCGGACCCCAAAGCUCAGGCCGGGCGCCGGCUCCCAGCGCCGGCCGCAGCCACCCGCGCCG